GUGCAUGCUUAUAUGCAUCGAAGUUCAAACUACUCACUCUCCCCCUCCACAGUUUCUUCCUCUUUCUCUGUCUUCUGGCCUGACCAGUACGAGUCAGCCAAAGAGGACACCAAAAAAUGGGAAGGAGUGAAACCCUCCGGAGAGAGAAACUGAAUAGAAGGGAAGCUUUUUUUUGCUCGUACUGAGGCGGUAGGAGCAUUGGAGAUGCCGAGAGAGAAUUGGCAUUGAUGUUGCUAUUUAUUAACCGGCUAGCUGAAAGACUGGUUCUUGUAAGAGAUGGGUUCUCGUGGAACAGCCAGGAACUUGCGCAGUAGCUGCUCUAAGGAGAGAGUCCAAGGUAGCAAUGAUCUUCUUCACACUGAAUUAUGGCGGCAAUGCGCUGGCCCUCUUGUGUCCGUCCCCUGUGUUGGGGAAAUGGUUUACUACUUUCCACAAGGUUGCAUUGAGCAGAUUGAGGCUUUCGCAUCACAACAUGAACAUAGAAGUAUCCCUAUCUAUGGCUUACCUUCUAAAAUAUUAUGUCGGGUUGUUAAUGUUCUGCUGCAGGCAGAAAAAGACACAGAUGAGGUGUUUGCACAAGUGACACUGCUCCCAGAACCAGAGCAUGAGGGUGACACCAAUGAAAUGGAGGCUAGGCAGAGUUCGGUCUUAAAUCAGCAAGUAUUUUCCUUCUGCAAGAUUCUCACAGCAUCUGAUACAAGCACACAUGGAGGGUUUUCUGUUCUUAAGCGACAUGCUGAUGAUUGCUUGCCACCACUGGAUAUGUCAAAACAACCUCCUACACAAGAGCUCAUUGCAAAAGAUUUACAUGGACAAGAAUGGAGUUUUCGCCAUAUAUAUCGCGGACAUCCAAAGAGACAUUUGCUUACAACUGGUUGGAGCAUAUUUCUCAAUGCUAAAAAGCUGUCUACUGGGGAUGCUUUCAUUUUUCUCAGAGGGCAAGAUGGGAAGCUCGUCGUUGGAGUUCGCCGAGCAAGGAAGUUGCCUACAGUUGCAUCUACAUCUGUGAUAACAACUGAAAGCAUGCAGAUUGGCAUACUUGCAUCUGCUAUGCACGCAAUUAAUACCCGGACCAUGUUUAGUGUUUAUUACCGGCCAAGGACAAGCAGUUCUGAUUUUAUAGUUCCAUAUCAUCGAUACAUGGACUCAGCAAAUCACAGUUAUUGUAUUGGAAUGAGGUUUCGAAUGACUUUUGAAGGAGAAGAUGGUGAAGAAGAAAGGCAUACAGGCACAAUCAUAGCUAUUGAAGAUGCUGAACCAAUAAAAUGGCCAGAUUCAAAGUGGAAGUGCUUUAAGGUUCGAUGGGAUCAGCCAUCUGGCAUUCCACGACCAGAAAGAGUGUGCCCAUGGGACGUCACGCCAUUUGAUGCUGCAGUGGAACCUUCAGAAAUGGCUGGUACCAAAAGGAAUCGCCCUUGUAGAUCUUCACUAUCUCCUAAGUCUUAUGAUCCCAACAAAAAUGGUUUUUCUAAGAUUUGCAAUGAGCCUGCACCUAAGUUUCAGGGACUCUUCCAAUGUCAAGAUGGAAUGGCAAGAGGACUAGGUUCCUUCUCCGAUGUACCCGGCAAUUUACAUUCAUCUUUAGCAUCUCAGCAGAAGCAUCUGCCUAUUACAUCUCCCGAAAUAAGGAAGGAGAUUCUUGUUAAUAAUUGCUCAUCUCAUUCACCUUCAUCUGGGUGUGGAACUUCUGGGAAUCCUUACUUAGACCGAUAUCGGUCGCUAGAACAUGCAAACGAAAACUACUGCAAGGUUCCUAAGAUCUUUGGUGUUCCGCUCAUACAGAAUUCAUCUCAUGGUGUGUUACCUCACGUGGCCACUCAUAAUGAACUUAUAAAACAAUCAAUGGCAUCAUAUCAUGCAGCUCUUUCUCCAUCUUAUAUCCUCGAUUCCGAUCAGUUUUCAGAACAGUCUAACUCUUCUAAGCCAUCAGAAUUCAGUGGUUCUGGGACAUCAAAUGAUCAAUCCUACGCUACCCACACAAUCCCUAUCAGAAGCUGCACCAAGGUUCGUAAACAUGGAUCUGCGCUGGGGAGAUCAGUUGAUCUCUCAAGAUUUAGUGGUUAUGAUGAACUUAUUUAUGAGCUCGAUCGAAUGUUUGCCUUUCAAGGAAGAUUGGUUGACUGCUGUUCUAGUUGGCAGGUUAUAUACACUGAUGAUGAGGGUGAUACCAUGCUGAUUGGAGACUACCCAUGGCAGGAAUUCUGCGCUAUGGUUAGGAAGAUCUUUAUUUAUCCACAUGAAGAGAUCGAUAAGCUACAUCUAAGCUGCUAAACACUCAAAUAGUUGCAGGUUGACUCAGGUUAGCUUGUUUUUCUGCUGCUUAAAGUGCUCAUUGGUUGUCAGCAUCAUAUUCUUUGCUCUUUAUUGAUGGUUGGGCACAUCAAAGAAUGGAAAGCCACUCUUCUGGUGAUUCCUUCGUUUUUGUCUAUGCUUUAUUAAGUUUGGAACAGGUCUAUCAUGGAAGGAUCAUAUUAGUGUUAUCCUUUUUUGUCUUGGAACGCCUAGAAGGAGAUUUUAGUAUCAAUUUCUUAUUCGGUGUCAGGUAGUUGUAAUUUCGUUAUGGUAGUUGCAUGGCUUUGCUACUCUGCUGGAGCUUUAAUAAUGGCUUGACCAUUGUUCCUGUUAUAAUUUUGGAUCAAGCAGUUUUCUUUUGUAUUCUUUUUGUUA